UACUUCAUCAAAUAAUUGCAUCACCACUCAUUCAAUUGAUUGAAUUGAAUUAUUCAAGAGAAUUGCUGCAGAUUAUUCACACAUCCAAAAUCUCACCCUCAUUGUCUUGCAUUCUUAUUAAUCCUAAGAUGAAUACUUUCUCAACCAUGAACCUCCUAUUAUGCAUCGGUUUUGCAUUUUGUCUGAGCAUCGAACUUUGUCAAGGACAAUACACAGUGCGAAAAAUUAUUCAUAGCGACCUUGCGCCGGGGACCACUUUACCUCUCAGUCAAGCCGUUCAGGUGGACAACAUGAUCUAUGUGUCUGGGAAUUUGGGAAUGGACGUUAACGGAACAUUAUUAACCGGAAUUGUGAAUCAGACCCGACAGGCUUUCGACAAUAUUGGUUUCAUUCUGGGAGAAGCUCAAUCAUCAUUUCGACAUAUCGUCAAAGUCACAGUGCUCUUGUCUGACCUAAACAACUAUGAUGCGAUGAAUGUCGUCUAUGCGGAAUAUUUCCAGAACAAUUUUCCUGCCAGAGCAGCAUACCAAGUGGGCAGAUUACCUAGGGAUGCCUUGGUAGAAAUUGAGGUUGUUGCCAUUUCUGGUGAAAUUAUUGAUAUAACUCCAUGAAAGUAUGAGGCACAUACUGCGUCAACAUUAACUGCACAAUUUAAGAUUUUCGUUGUACUAUUAAAUUAAAAUAUUUGUAAAGUACAUAUAGUGCAACAAGUUUCGAAUAAAUUGCAAUUCAGCAUAAAUGGAAAGAAAG